AUGGGUCUUUUUGCAAAGGAUCAUGCCCUCGAGGCCGUUGAGUUGCGCACGCGAAGCGCAAAGCCUGGGUUGCGCGGAUUCGAGUUCGAGAAGCUCCCUCGCACAGUGCGCCACCAAAUAUACAGAGAAUUAUUGCUCAAGCCAGUAGACGACGAUAGCGCAGCAGAGGAUGAUGGUGACAGCUACGCUAGCGAACAUGACAAACUAAGUGAACGCAUCGAAGGGCUGAUGGUCGACAUUGGAGAAGGAGACAAUCAAAUGCACCCAGAGAUCAUGCGUACCAACAAGAAGAUCCACGAUGAAGCCUCCGCUGUCCUGUAUGGCGAUAAUUGGUUCACAUGGAGUCUCUAUGGGGACCAAAACCGACCAAUGUGGCGCUGGCCGGAUUUCGUCAAGACCGAAUGUCCUCGUCACUACAGUCGCCUCAUCACCAAACUGCGCCUCUACGUCAGCACCACGGGCAAUGAGUACGACCCUACCCAGGCAGACGCAAUCUACUGGACCACCAUAAACGUCAACCACGCAUGCAAGAAGCUCGCCUUGAACGAUCUCAAGUUCCUCAAGGUGGACUUUUACAACGCUCUUGGUCGCAAGCAUGGUGGCUCAGCACGCAAAGGAUACUAUGGAGAACGCUGCUUGGAGCCUUUAAAAAAAUGCCGAGCCGAGAAGUUCUUCAUCAACGACUAUGCUUCUCCAGCUUACGCAGCCAAGUUGAAGGCCGUGAUCGAAGGCCCCAAGGGUGCGAAGUUCUUGGCUCACCGCGAGGCAAAGGAAGAUGAGUCGGAAAGCUCUGGAAAUGAGGAGUUUGGGGAUUUGAGCGGUGAUGAUGCGUAUGAUGAUGUGGAAGGUGAGUCUGAAGACAAAUAUGAGAGGGGAGACUCCGGCAUGGAAGGGCUGGAAACGAUCUCAUAG